UUCGGCUUUGGAUCGGAGUCGAGGAACAUGGAUUUCGACGAGACCGUGCCACUGAGCCAGCGGUCGGAGUGGGCAGACGUGGUCCCGUUGACUCAGGACGAUGGCCCGAAUCCGGUGGUGCCGAUCGCCUACAAGGAAGAGUUCCGCGAGACUAUGGAUUACUUCCGUGCGAUUUACUUUUCCGACGAGCGAUCUCCUCGCGCACUACGACUCACGGAAGAAACGCUCCGCUUAAACUCCGGCAACUACACAGUGUGGCAUUUCAGGCGCCUAGUACUCGAGGCCCUUAAUCACGACUUGUUUGAAGAACUCGAGUUCAUCGAACGCAUUGCUGAGGAUAACUCUAAGAACUACCAACUGUGGCAUCAUCGGCGAUGGGUUGCAGAGAAACUGGGUCCUGAUGUUGCAGGGAGAGAACUUGAAUUUACCCGUAGAGUACUUUCACUUGAUGCCAAACAUUAUCAUGCUUGGUCACAUAGGCAGUGGACGCUACGGGCAUUAGGAGGAUGGGAAGAUGAGCUCGAUUACUGUCACGAGCUCCUUGAAGCUGACGUCUUUAACAAUUCCGCCUGGAAUCAGAGGUAUUACGUCAUUACUCGAUCUCCUCUUUUGGGAGGCCUAGAAGCCAUGAGAGAAUCUGAAGUAAGCUACACAAUCAAAGCAAUUUUAACCAAUCCUGCAAACGAGAGCUCAUGGCGAUACCUGAAAGCUCUUUACAAAGACGACAAAGAAUCCUGGAUUAGUGAUUCAAGUGUUUCCUCAGUCUGUUUGAAUGUUUUAUCCCGCACGGAUUGCUUCCAUGGAUUUGCUUUGAGCACCCUUUUGGAUCUUCUAUGCGAUGGACUGAGACCAACCAACGAGCAUAAAGACUCAGUGAGAGCUCUAGCUAAUGAAGAACCAGAUAAUAACUUGGCCAUUUUGGUGUGUACCAUUCUUGGUCGUGUAGAUCCUAUAAGAGCUAAUUAUUGGGCAUGGAGAAAGAGCAAGAUUACAGUAGCAGCAAUGUGACGUCUCAAAAUCACACUUGCAAAAAAACUUGAUUUUUAGUUCCUUUUUCGUAUGUACUGCUGUUUAUGAAUCACAUGAACAUGUUUCUAUGUAUCAAAACAAUCUCGAUUUCUCUGUUUC